AUAAAGCAAGUGGCUAACCUCUUCCUAUAUAAAUUUCUUUUAGGAUAUGCACAAAUCUGAGUUAUAUAAUCGUCUAUGAUCAUAUAUAUCUGUGUAUCAAUUUUCUCUCAACAUCCUAGGUUUGCUGCUGUAAACAUCUGAUCAGAGUUCAUAUAUAUGGCGAAUAAACUGAAUAUAAGGCUAGGAGAACCAACUCUGGUGCCACCAGCAGAAGAAACGGAAAAGGGUCUUUACUACUUCCUUUCAAACCUUGACCAGAACAUAGCACAUCCAGUUCGAACGGUUUACUUUUAUAAUAAGUCUGCAUGUAGAGGGAACGAGGAAGCAGCACAAGUAAUAAAGGAUGCUUUGUCGAAGGUUCUUGUUCACUAUUACCCUAUGGCUGGAAGAUUGGCCAUAAGUUCAGAAGGGAAACUGAUCAUAGAGUGCACAGGUGAGGGUGUUGUGUUUGUUGAGGCUGAAGAAGCAAACUGUGUGAUAAAGGACUUGGGAGAUUUGACAAAACAACCUGACCUUGAAACUCUUGGAAAACUGGUUUAUGAUAUCCCCGGUGCAACCAACAUGCUUCAGAUACCUCCUUUGCUAAUUCAGGUGACAAAGUUCAAAUGUGGUGGAUUUGUUUUGGGCGUAAACGUGAACCAUUGCAUGGUUGAUGGUAUAAGUGCUAUGCAAUUCGUGAACGCAUGGGGUGAGACAGCCAGAGGCAUGGACUUGAGCAUUUCACCAGUUCUGGACCGAACUAUACUAAGAACACGAAAUCCUCCAAAGAUAGAGUAUCCACACCACGAAUUCGACGAAAUUGAAGAUGUAUCAAAUGUCACAAAAGUCUAUGAGGAAGAGAUCCUCUACGAGUCCUUUUGUUUCGACCCAGAUAAGCUUGAGUUGCUUAAGAAAAUGGCCACAUCAGAAGAUGGUGUUGUAAAGAAGUGCUCUACUUUUGAAGCACUUACAGCUUUUGUGUGGAGAGCUAGAAGUGAAGCCUUAGGGAUGCACAUGGACCCUAAUCAACAAACCAAGCUACUUUUUGCUGUUGAUGGAAGGUCUAAAUUCGUGCCUCCAAUACCAAAGGGGUACUUUGGCAAUGCUAUUGUGUUUUCAAAUGCUCUAUGCAAGGUAGAGGAGUUAGUGAAUAAUCCACUGUCAUUUAGUGUGGGAUUGGUUGGCAAAGCAAUUGACAUGGUGACAGACAGUUACAUGAGAUCUGCUAUUGACUAUUUUGAAGUGAAAAGAUCAAGGCCUUCCUUAACUGCAACACUUUUGAUCACAACAUGGACUAGGAUACCUUUCCGAAGUGCAGAUUUCGGAUGGGGGAAGCCCUUCUUUUUUGGGCCUGUAACUUUGCCAGGGAAGGAAGUCAUUUUGUUCUUGUCUCAUAACGAAGAAAGUAAAAGCAUAAACGUGCUCCUAGGUUUGCCUGCUUCUGCCAUGAAAAGGUUUGAAAGGCUGAUGGAGAUAUGAAUGCUGAUCACAACAGUCUUAAUUAAUUCCCUUCAUUAAUAAUGUCGUAAGUAAGGCCUGCGUUUUGCUUCAAAUUGUUUUAUUGUAAUUGAAGAAUGUUUAAUUGGAAGGAACAGUUUAUUACAACCGCAAGAACAUUACUUUAUGGGUGACCAUUUAUAGGUUAUAUUUUUUUACAUGAAGGUCGUUGGGGUGCAUGAUACUAGUAUGGAAAUAAUUUAUAUAAAUGACAUGUAAUAAAGGAAGAUCCCUCUAUCCCUCAUUUUGAUCAUUGAAUUAUUGGUUAGCAACUA